GGGAGGAAAAAAAGAACUUCCCCCGCCCCCCUCCCGGUGAAUUUCAUUGAAAGAUUCUAGAAUAUCACUUCUUCUUAAAAUCCUUUUUAUUGACGAAAGCUGGGUUGCAGUAAAAUUCACGGGAAGACAGAGAACGGGGAUUGAAAAUCUCCCCUCCAGAGGUUAAACCUUCCCUUCUCUGCUAGGUGGUUUCUUUUGUUUUGUUUUGCUUUGCCUUUGUUUGUGGCUUUCUCCUCCUUGGCACCGAGAGAAGUCGCUGCAUUUCUCCUUCGCGGAAUCAGUCACGCCGGCCCUAGGUUCACGCUGAGUAUCUGUAAAGUUUCCGAGCUAAAAGGAGUCACUUGCACAGCGUGUGGGGGGCGGCGGGCAGAGAGGUAGGGGUAUCAGAAGCAACGGGGUCUUUGCCUCCCAGCUCUGGUGGCGGCUCUGUUCUGCUAAGCACUUGCAGGCAGUAUAAUUAACCGGAUAGGCAGUGAAUUAAAUCUUUGUAAAGCCCACCGAGUGGGGGGGUCCUGCGAGCUCCUUUCCAACCGGUCUCAGGCGGCUGGGAUAACAUCAGAAACAGCGGCAGCGAGCGAAAAGGGGGGAGCCGGCUGGACGCUGCUGCAGGAGAGCCAAGCUCCCGGGCGGUGCGAGUGCUCCCGCCGGCGGGGAGCUGCGGCCGGCAGAUGGACAACCUCCGCGGGGCCCGGCCGCUGCGGCUGCUCUUGCUCCUGGCGCUGGUGCCUUCGCUGCGGGGCCAAGAUCUUUCAAUGGAAGAGUGCUGUGACAAGGGUAUCGAAUGGGCAAAUAAAAACAGAAUAUGUACUUCUCUACCGUUAAUAUCCGAGUCCAGAGAAUGCAGCAUGACGCAGGUGCAGUGCUGCCGCAGUCAGCUGGAGAAGCAGUACUGUUCAGACGGGAUGGAAUUUGCCAAUGUGCGCGAGGACUGUGAUUCACAUAUUGGUGACAAUUCCACCUGUGAAGCUGAGUACUUUAAGACAUGUUGUUACUGUUGCUUGCUGGGAAAGGCUGCCCAAAUUCAAGGACAGAGUUGUGAGCCCAGCCUGAAGAUAGGAUACCAGUGUGGAAUUGUAUUCAGAGCUUGCUGUGUGAAGGGUCAAGAAGGCCUUGAUAUGUCCAUCAGCGAUGAUGCUCCUAAAAAGGAGCAAGUUGAAAUUUCAAAGGAGGAACUAGACCAAGAAGAUCCUUAUCUGCAUGAUGGCUGCAGAGGUGGUGGUCCCUGUUCUCAACAGUGCAGAGACACAGGAUCCAGUUACGUCUGCUCGUGCUUUGUUGGGUAUCAGCUUCAGCCAGAUGGUGUCAACUGUGAAGAUAUUAAUGAGUGUAUCACGGGGACACACAGCUGUGGGAUUGGACAAACCUGUGUCAAUACAUUAGGAUCCUUCCGCUGUCAGCGGGACACGAGCUGUGGAACUGGUUACGAACUAACGGAUGACAGUCGUUGCAAAGAUAUUGACGAAUGUGAGACUGGUACUCAUAACUGCCCCCCCGAUUUUAUCUGUCAGAAUACUCCAGGAUCUUUCCGUUGCCGACCCAAGCUACAGUGCAUGAAUGGGUUUAUACAAGAUGCACUAGGCAACUGUAUUGAUAUCAAUGAAUGCCUCAGCACCAACACGCCAUGCCCAGCUGGACAGAUAUGUAUCAACACUGAUGGUUCAUAUACCUGCCAGCGAAUCUCACCCAGCUGUGGUCGAGGUUAUCAUCUCAAUGAAGAUGGAACAAGAUGUGUAGAUGUGGAUGAGUGCUCAUCCUCUAAUCAGCCUUGUGGAGAAGGACAUGUUUGCAUAAAUGCUCCAGGCAAUUACCGUUGUGAGUGCAAAUCUGGCUAUUCUUUUGAUGUCAUCAGUAGAACUUGUAUCGAUAUCAAUGAAUGCAGACGCUAUCCAGGCCGCCUUUGUGCUCACAAGUGUGAAAAUACUCCUGGUUCCUAUUACUGCACUUGUACUAUGGGAUUCAAACUUUCGACUGACGGCAGGUCAUGUGAAGAUUUAAAUGAAUGUGAGAGCAGCCCCUGUAGUCAAGAGUGUGCUAACGUGUAUGGUUCCUAUCAGUGUUACUGCCGCCGUGGCUUUCAACUUAGUGACAUAGAUGGGAUUUCAUGUGAAGAUAUUGACGAAUGUGCUUUACCUACUGGAGGGCAUAUCUGUUCCUUUCGAUGUAUCAAUAUUCCUGGGAGCUUUCAGUGUACUUGCCCCUCCACUGGUUACAGGUUGGCACCCAAUGCACGAAAUUGCCAAGAUAUUGAUGAAUGUGUUGCAGAAAGCCAUAACUGCUCUUUCAAUGAGACCUGCUUUAACAUCCAGGGGGGCUUUCGCUGUCUGUCUUUGGAAUGCCCAGAAAACUACCGCAAGUCAGGAGAUACUGUCAGACUUGAAAAGACAGACACUAUCCGUUGCAUUAAGUCUUGUCGACCAAAUGAUGUCAGCUGUGUGUUGGAUCCGGUCCACACAAUUUCCCAUACUGUCAUUUCGCUGCCCACGUUCAGAGAAUUUACAAGACCUGAAGAGAUUAUUUUUCUUCGUGCCAUCACACCUACAUAUCCAGCCAACCAGGCAGAUAUCAUAUUUGACAUAACAGAAGGAAAUUUAAGAGAUUCCUUUGAUAUCAUCAAGCGUUACAUGGAUGGUAUGACAGUGGGUGUAGUUCGCCAAGUGAGGCCUAUUGUUGGACCUUUCCAUGCCAUCCUGAAACUGGAGAUGAACUACGUCAUGGGUGGAGUGGUAUCUCAUCGUAACAUCGUCAAUGUUCACAUCUUUGUCUCUGAGUACUGGUUCUAAGAGAGCAUUUAAAAUCCCAGACAAGCAAGCUGCUCCAACCUAAAUCAUUACCACAAACUAUUAUGUCAUAUACUUGUUUGUAAAACCCAAUACUGUUUUUUUUGUUGUUUUAUUUUGAAAUAUUUGGUUUAUAGUUUAAGACAAAUAACAAGCUAUUAUGUUGAUUAGACAUAGGGUGGAGCAAAUUAAAUGAGCCUGAUGUAGUCUGUAUAAAUAAGUAGCGUGUAAAAGUGCCCAGCUACCUAGUGAAAUUUAAAACUUCUCUAAAUGUUUAGGCAGACCUUAACUAUUGCUCCUUGGCCAGAUAACCAGAGUGACUGAGGAUGUGGAAUGAAAUAGAUGUCAGAGUUCACUGGGAUGAACAUUUGGUAUCUUUGGAUGGGAGAAGUUUGGUAAGGAUUAGUAAUUUUGCCUUAAUAUUAACUACCUUGAAGGAAUCACAGAAAGUGCUAAACAUUCGCUUUUGGGCCCCAAUAGGUUAACUCUGAAUAGGCGCCCAGAAUUGCUAAUAAUUUCUGAAAAGUUUAGCCUAGAUACUUAGAAAGCUAUGGCUACAAGAGGAAGUGCAAAAGGAAUUAGAAACAAUAACAGGCUAACAAGCUAUUGCACAUAUUAAAAAAUUACUCCUUUUUUUGUACUUACUAUUUGAUUGUAAGAUUAUGUUUGGUUCUAAUUAAACAAGUACCUCUCAUUGAAAUUAACCUGUUACAAGGAUAAGGCAUAUUGCUUAAAUUCCAGUCUCAUCUGUACCCAGGAAUACAUGGGAAACUCAGACCUAUAUCUCCUGUCUAUUAUAGAGUAAAGCUCCACAACUUCUUAAAAUUGGUAAUAAAAUCAGCAUGUUAAACUUUACACUUCCUAUGCACCAAAUCAAGGCAUAUGUAAUAAUAUAAUGAAACUCUCACAAAUAAAUGAAUGUUUAAUGUGUUAUCUGGGUAUCAAAGUUAACGCAUCUUUUUUAAUACAGAACAGAAAAUAAAUAGCUCCAUUUUCAGUUUGUUAAGAUAUGAGGAAAUAAAGUAAGACAGAUGGGAAAUACUAAGAAGUAAGCUAUGGUUUCUGCUUGCCAGAAAAAUUGUGUGAUAUAUCUCUUGUAAACAAAUCAGUUAUAUAUAUAUAUAUACAGAUUCCCAUUUCAUUGGUCAUUAUUGGCACUAGGCAUUUGUCUCUUCCUUUUAUACAGAAGCCCCUGAAGUUUAAGAGAAUCUCUCCAUUUACAGGUAUGAUCUUUGAAUAGGAAUAAUAAAGAUUAUCCUCUCUGAUCCAUUGCAACUUUAUGGUCCAAAAGACCAUAGCAACUUUACUGUAUAUGUACAGAAGUCUUCAUUCUGUUCUCUGUGGCAGGGAUACUUCUUUGCCUGCAGCAUCCUUACUUCUUAAAUUAAGAUUUUAUGAUAACAGACUCUCAUAAAUAAAAUUUGACUAAAGGAUACCCUCAUGACGGUAUUUGUUCCCCUCACACAGAGCAUUCCAGCCCCACAGCCUGGUGUUUAAGAUGCCAUCAGCUUAAAAAGUGUUCAGUGCUGUCAGUGGCUUCCUCUACAGUCCUUAAAAUUUCAAUGAAUAAUUACCAUAUUUCUGUGGAAAAAUGAUGUGAAGCAGAUGUAUUUGUAGCAGGUGACCUUCCAUCAUUCAAAUAACUGAUGGAGAUUUUGGAAAACUCCAGAUUACAGGAGAUACUGUUGACUUCAGGAAUUUGUAGCCUAUAUAAGUCUGAUUUAGACUGGAAAGUAAAACAUUUUAUUACGCUAACAGACUCCAAGAAGAGGAGGAUGAAAGACUCUCCUGAUAUCAUCACGUUCUUUUUCUUGCCAGUGUGGGAAAAGUGAGUAGCCUCAGUACCAAAAAUACAAAAAAUGUUUCCAUCUGAUUUUCUAGACUGUAAUUUUUGAUUCUUUAGUUCCUCUGUAAGUGCUAUUUAGUUGCAGUGAAAAGAACUUAGGGACAGCAGAAAUCUAAUUUUAGGAUCAAACUGAUGAACAAACUAAUUCACAAACUUCUCCUUUCUGUAAAGGAGAAACUACAUACCACCACAGACACACACCUCUCCCCUUCUUCUGUCUGCAUUUUUGGGUAAAAAUGGCAUAAAGCAUGAUUACCACUACUUCCUGGAAAACUGUUUUCCUACAUUGUCCCAAGUAAUCUUUGAAAAUUGCAAGCAGCUUUUUAAAUAGUCCUGAUGUCAUAUGAGAACAUUGAUCCAGUAGAUUAUUUCAUGGUUUGUGUAUAAUAAAUUAAAGAGUGCUUAGUGCCAUGGUCA